UGGUUUCUUAAUAUAUUUUAGUUAAUUCAAAUGGUUUGAUUUUAAGCGAAGAAACCUAAAUCGAAAUUGAAAUUGAAAUUGAUGGUGAAGAUGAAAGGAUGGUUAGGGCAAAUGGGUUUCAACAAAAAUGGCGGAAAUAUUAACUGGUUCCCUGGUCAUAUAGAUGCUGCUAAUCGUGCCAUUCGCCGCCGGCUCAAACUCUCCGAUUUUGUCAUUGAACUCCGUGAUGCCCGUAUACCAUUAUCCUCCGCAAAUGAAGACUUGCAGCCUAUGCUUUGUGAGAAAAGACGGGUGAUUGCCCUCAAUAAGAAAGAUUUGGCCAAUCCCAACAUCAUGCAUAGGUGGAUCCGAUAUUUCAAUUCAUGUAAACAAGAGUGCUUCCCAAUAAAUGCACACAGUAGAAGUUCUGUGCAAAAGCUUCUCGAUAUUGUGGAGUUUAAAUUGAAGGAAGUUAUUACAAGGGAGCCUACUCUUCUUGUCAUGGUGGUUGGUGUUCCUAAUGUCGGAAAAUCAGUUUUAAUCAAUUCCAUCCAUCAAAUUGCAUCAUCCCGAUUUCCAGUGCAGGAGAAGAUGAGGAGGUCUACAGUGGGGCCUUUGCCUGGUGUUACUCAAGAUAUUGCUGGAUAUAAGAUUGCACAUCAACCUAGCAUAUAUGUGUUGGACACUCCAGGUGUGUUGGUUCCAAGUAUUCCAGAUAUUGAAACAGGGUUAAAGCUGGCCCUAGCAGGGUCCAUCAAGGAUUCAGUUGUUGGUGAAGAUCGAAUUGUUCAAUACCUAUUGGCAGUUCUAAACACUAGAGGAACUCCUCUUCAUUGGAGACACUUGAUCAGUAGGGAAACUGAGGGCCUUCAUCAUGAGUUGGAUGACAAACCUGAAUAUAAUCUCAAGGAUCUUCUACCAAAAAGAAGGAAGCCACCCAACAAAUCUGAUAUCUACUACAUAGAGGAUAUGGUCAGUGAAGUCCAACGCACGCUAUGCACCACACUGUCAGAGUUUAAUGGUAAUUUGGACGAUGAAGGCGAGUUGGAGAUUUUGAUAGAUCAGCAGUUUGAAGCAUUGCAAACGGCUCUAAAGAUACCUUACAAGGCAUCGGAAGCUCGCAUGAUGGUGUCAAAAAAAUUUCUAACUCUAUUUAGAACAGGCAAACUUGGUCCUUUCAUCCUUGAUGAUGUCCCUGAUGCAUCUGAUUCUGCAUCUUGAAAUGCCAUUUGCAAGUCUAGAAAUACCUGUUCACGAUUCAAAAGUCGGUGGAUAAUGUGCCGGCCUUCUCCACUUAAAUAUGCAUUUGACUUUUGUUUAUUGAAGAGUUCAAGCCUAUGACAUGCGCCUAACUCACAUAUCGAUAUUGCACUUUUAUAACUAGACCAAAGUCAUGAAGGCAGGUUGCUAUUAUCUAGUCAAGUCAUGCAUAUCCAAUAUCUCAGUUAGAGAGGAGCUCAAAUAUUUGGUUCAACUCCCUUCAGUUAAUUGGUGAGACAGGCAUAUGCAUAUACGAUCAAAAUUCUCUAUAAUGGUGUUGCCUAUUCCGAUGAUUUUUGGUUAUUCAAGUGUGUAGAAAACAUCUUACAUAACUUUAGCAUGAAAAAUUGAUUC